AGUACAUAACAUAGUCUAUCGAAAUCUUGUCCGACCUGUAUCUACCCGAGCUGGGGACUACACUUUGUGAUCCAUCCGAACUCCGCGCACUCCCACCAGCCCAGCUAGCUACAUACCAACCCCAUUUUCUAGCCACUCCAGAUUAAAGCAAGCUAAAGUCAAUGGCAACUGCCUCGGAACCUUUCGGUGGAGCUGGAGCUGGAGCUGGAGCUGGAGGCUUCAUGCACUCCUCCGCGCUCUCCCCCGCACCGUCCACAUCCACAGUGACGCCCUCUCUUCUCCCCAAACCCCGAUCUCAUCCACUCCGGGCGGGGUCUAUCAAAGAAACCACGGUAAUCAAUCACAUCGACAAGACGAUCCUCUCGAUUAACAGACGGCACGCGAAGAAGUUCAGUGCCGCCUUUGACGACGACAGCCACCAGCACCAGCAGCACCAGCAGCAGCAGGCUGGCGCACCGCUACCAGCCAGUGAAAAGGGCUACGAGAGUUUCAAAGAGGUAGCUAAGGAUGUGGAGAGUCUUGUGGAUGUGCUUUGGGUUAGCGGGACUCCAUCCCUCCAAAUCCCCUACUUAAUCUCCCUGGCUGUGCUAGUAAACACGUAUCUACCAGACUACCCCUUCGCAGCCAAUGCUACCUUUCGUCUUCUCCGCAAACUGGACUCGGUUUUCGCCUCGCUGGUUCUCGGGGAGGAUUCGGAGAGCGGUGUCCCGCUGUCUGGGUUCGAGGGCGGCCGGCGCAAUGUGGUUUCUAUGACUGAGAAGGUCAGGAUCAAGAGCAUUGCGGAGACAUCGCGGGUGACUGUUGUAGAGGCUCGAGAGCAGACGGAUGGACUGGUUGAGGCGGAUGACGAUGACGAUGACGAUGACGAAUUCGGUCUUGAUGGCCAUGAUGCGUUCGGGACGGAGGAAACGCCGGGGAAAUGGGAGAUGGAGACGGCCAAGGUGUACGAGAAGACGAUUCAGCUGCUGGGAGAUGAGCUGGGGCAGGCGGGGGAGUUUUGUGAUGUGGAUAUGGCGGAUGGG